UGGGAAUUACGUUGAUGGGCGCGAUACGAUCGGAGAAGCUCUAUAAUGACGCGUAUAGAGAAGCAAACGGGACAAUGCACGCAGGACGGAAGUGACAGACUACUUGCAAAUGGCAGACAUAUGACGUCUUCUACUUGUUUUCGUAUUCAACGUGUCGUAAGAUUAUCAUAGUUUAAAGUCUUUUAUGAUCAUACAUAAACGAAAAGUAUUGGUCUCAAUAAUUAAAAAGCAUUACGAAUAAAAUAAUAAAAUCUGAAAAUAAUGGCCAAAUUAGUAAAUGUUUGGCGGGAUGACGACCGGGUUGAUCUGACGCGAAGACAAAUGUUGCUAAUCGUUGAUGAAAAUCUUACGAUGAUCAUGGAUGUAAAUGGCCUAGGAGCAAUUUGUGCUAGCCCACUCGUUCGUGGAAAGCAACUAGAUGAAUUUACUAGAAAGUUGGAUAUGCUUACAAAAGAAGAAAUUAAAGAAUCUUUUGUAAUAACCUGUAAAGAUUUACUAGCUAUUUUGGGACAAACUGUACCGUGUGUUGGUUGUAGAAGAAGUGUUGAAAGAUUAUUUUAUGAGCUAAGUAAAUCCGGACAUCCUGCACUAGAUCCAUUGAUUAUUACUCCAGAUGGUUUAGUAUCAAUAAGUGAUGAUAUGUUGCAGUCUCCUCAGUUAUUAUGUACUAUGUUACAAGGACAUAGUGCAAGGUUAAAUAAUUUAGUAGAGAAACAACCAAGAAAUAAAAAAUCACGAAGAUGUGUGUUACAUUCUUUGGAAAUACAACGUAUGAAACCCCUUCCAAGCGCAUGGAGAGAAGUUUGGGAUUGUAUGGAAUUAGAAUGUAGACAAGAACUUACUUUAAUUGAAGCUGAUACUCUUGAGGCCACGUUAGAAUCCUAUUUACGUAAGCACAGAUUUUGUGCUGAAUGUCGAACAAAGGUUCUUCUGGCAUCAUCUCUUUUAACAACAGAACAUGAACAUACAAAAGAAACAGGUUACGUAGCAGCUUUGUAUUCCGGAAUUAAACGAUGUAUAUCUGAUCGUCAUGUUCAUUUAUCAACAAAUACAGAAUAUAUCAGUACACUUAUAGGACGUGCUCAACCAGAACUUAUGGGAAGAGAAAGGCACGCGAAAACAUUAGAAAUUGCCCAAGAAGAAGUACUCACUUGUCUGGGAAUAUGUGUGGCGGACCGUUUGCAUAAGGUUCACCGACGAUUAAGAGAAGAAGAAACAGUUUAUAAAGUGUUAGUAGCGGUUGCGAUUGAUGCAUUAUCUAGAAAUUUUCAGAUGGCAGUAGAACUUAAACAGGGAAUUUCACAAUUAGAACUUUUAUAUGAGGAAAUAACAAGGGAAGAAAUAGCCAAACAACAACGACGAGAAAAAAUGAGAUUAAAACGAAAGAAGAAGAAAGAACGUCGUUAUGAAACGGAGGAGAAGGAAAAUUCAUGUCAUUGUUCAAAUGAAAGAAGAAGUGAAAAUAGUGAAACAUGUGUUUUUUGUAUGGAAUUAAAACCAACAACACAAAAUAUUGAUCGACAUAAGCUGCAAGUUUUAGAUCCUAAAAAUAAAGGUGCACCAACAUGCAAAUGUCCUGAUUGUUUGAAAAAAACAAAGACACCUAUUAUAGUACAAUCUCAAAACCAAAUACAAUUACCGUCAUAUUCUACGAAAAAAGGUUCAAGUCCUCAAAAAGGUAGUUUCAAAAAAAUAGCUUCUGAAUCAAAGACAAAAGUUCAAAGCAUGAGUGAAAAUCAAAUAAAAGAAAUCAAUUCAGAAGUAAAACAAUUUUCUGAAGAGGAAUUAUUUGAAAACUGCAAUUCUUGUAAGGACUUUUCUGAUAAAACUGAAGGUGAACAUUGGCAUAAUCUCCGUGAUUGUAAAGAUCGUGUGACCAAAAAAAUAGUUGAUGAUUUAAUAGAUGAGCCAAACAGAAGAUAUAGUUGGGUAGAGAUAGAGAUGAAAAAGCGCAUUGAUUUAUUUAUGGCUGAUAAAAAAAGUCGUUCAUCAAGUGAACCAUCAUCUCAGGAUUGUGGUUAUUCAUCUGAACACAAUAUUAGUAGUCCAUCUUUUCCUAGUACACCAGAAGGCUCUGAAGUAGCUUGCAGCGAUAGUUGUUGUAAUCAUGAAGGUGAUUGUCAUGAUGUAAGAACGUCCGAUAAAUUUGUUCAUUCCAAUUAUAGUAUUUCUUUGCUAAACGAACGAGGUGGAGGUCCAACACUUACACAAAUGCUGGAGGAUUGUUACUUGUCAGAUGACGAAGAAAAAGAAAGUUAUAUUCCUGCAGAGGAAAUUUUGGAAUUUAAAUCUCGAAUGCGUCAAGUCCUUGAGAAACGUAAGGAACUUCGAGAGACACUUAUAAAACGUUUUGCAAUUCUCUGUGGCCAUGAUAAGCCUUUUAUCAUUCCUGAUUAAAAAUUCCUACUAGGUACAGUUACUUAAUAGGAUAUGAUUUUUCUCUUUUUUUUUUUUUAUAUUGAUUUACUGCCAGUAGAAACGUGAAUAUUAUAGAUGUAUUUUGAAUAAUUGUUAUCAUUGGAAUAUCAUUUUCCAAUGUAAAUAAAGUAUCAUUUGAUCAUA